AUGCGUUACACUCUCCUCGCUCCCGUCCUGUGGGCGGUCACUGCACUUGCUGUGCCCGUCCCCAACCAGAACGAUGUGAUCGGUGAUCUUGGUAUCGCUGCCAACCUCGGCGGUGAUAAGACUGUCGGUGCUCUCAAUCUCAAGCGCGAUGAUGAAGGUGGCAGUGACUUGAUCUCCGAUAUUCUUGACGAGGCCCUUGCCUCUCUCAACAUCGACACCAGGUCCAUCCCAGUUGCCUAG